UUCGGCAUUCGUACACGAGCGAGCGACGGUGGUACAUCGUGCGUUUCGUUCGCUCCGCCGUUCGUACGCGGUAUUGCGCGUGUGUGGGUGUUGCGUGUACGCGUACGUGUCGCGCGCGCGUAUCCAGUUUAAGGCGAAUCCGAGGAACGGCACUCGCGCGCGGUUUCCGUUGCGCGCGCGUCCGCGUGGCAGUGGUUCGUGCGACCUUCGUCGUCGUGUAUUAACGAGGAACAUGUUUGACAAACGUUGAGCAGCCAGUUGAACAUCCACGACACGAGAUAAGUGACCGGUGUGUGUGCGUGCACGAAACGGAUCUCUCUUUCUAAUUCUUCCGUUCUUCCGCUCCGUUUUGUACUCCGAGAGAGGCUCUCGUCCACAGGCAAAAUGUAUUCCGACGGGCACGAGGUGGACGGUAGCUGGGUGCUGCGCGUCUACGUGACGGACCUGCAAGUCGAGAGGAGUUUACGCGUGAAGGGAGAGCUGCACAUCGGCGGUGUCAUGCUACGUCUCGUGGAGGAUCUUGACAUUGCUAUGGACUGGUCGGACCACGCGCUUUGGUGGCCCGUCCGAAAUCACUGGCUGACCAGGACGCGCAGCACGCUGGACCAGUAUGGUGUGGCCGCGGACGCACUACUGCACUUCACACCGAUGCACAAGACCCUGAGGGUACAGUUGCCGGAUAUGCGCUGCCUCGACUGUCGAGUCGAUUUUUCUGUCAAGACGUUCAACGCAGUCAUUAAUCUGUGCAAGGAGCUCGGCAUUCGACAUCCGGAGGAGCUCUCGUUCUGCAAACCGCUCGAGCCAAAUCACCUGAAAUACAAUCUGAAGGAUCUGCCGGCUAAGAAGAAAAUCGAAAAUCAGAAGAACGGUCACUGGAAUGUAUCGGCUGAUACGAAUACCUUCAUUCCGGCUAGCCAGAGUCCUAGGGGAUCUACGGGAAGCUUGGAUCAAUCAAGCCCAUUCAUGUGUGCGCCAGUCACGCCCAACAACAGAAAUCACAGCACGCCGAUCAGCUCUCCCGUCUCGCAUACCGGCACAUGGAAGAGAAACAAUAACUCCUCGGGUUUUGGUAGUACCGGCUCCUUCAAUGCCAACAACAGCACCAUGAGCCUCGAGGCGUUAAACGGUGGGCUGACGGAGUCCCUGGCACAGAGUCCGACGUCGAUCUCGCCGGAUGUGCGAGUGAAACUGAUCAAGCCAAAAAGCUUGAUCGAGAGGGCGAGGAUGAACGUCGCCUGGCUGGACUCUUCUCUGUCGAUUAUGGAGCAGGGUAUCCGCGAAUUCGACACGCUCAGGCUAAAGUUCAAAUUCUAUUCUUUCUACGACCUGAACCCGAAGACUGAUGCGGUCCGAAUCAAUAUGAUCUACGAGCAAGCCAAGUGGCAGCUGCUCGCGGAGGAGAUCGAUUGCACCGAAGAGGAAAUGCUCAUGUUCGCGGCGCUUCAGGUGCAAGUGAAUCUUCAAGCUGGCGUGCCGCAGCCCACCUACGACAGCAAUGGAGCGACCUCGCCCGCUGAAGAUGACAUCGACGCGGCCCUGACGGAUCUGCAGGUGACUCUGGAGGGCAGCAACAUCAGCAACGGGCCCAGCGAUAUCACGCAGGUGCCCGAACUGUGCGACGAACUCCGUUUCUUCAAGCCGAAGCGUUUUACGCUGAAAGCCUUCAAACGUUAUUGGUUCAUGUGCCGGGAUCUUCAGCUGAGGCUGUACAAGAGCAGGGAGGAGGCGAGCGGCUCGGAAUCACCGCUCUACGUGAUCAAUUUGCGCGGCUGUGAAGUUACACCGGAUGUGCAUCUGUCGCAGGGCCGCUACGGGAUCAGACUGGAGGUGCCCAGCGCCGAAGGCAUGACCGAGAUGUGGAUCAGAUGCGACAACGAACAACAGUACGCAAAAUGGAUGGCCGCGUGCAGAUUGGCGGCCAAGGGCCGCACCCUCGCCGACGCGUCCUACGAAAGUGAGGUCAACAGCAUCACGGCCUUCCUACAGUUGCAGAGGCCCGCGCCCGCGCCAGCGAUAAAUCCGAACGCUCUGGACAUCGUGCCGGAUGACUACGUCGCACCCAGGUUUGCGAAGAAAUUUAAAGGAAAGUUGGUUCAAAGGAUCUUGGAAGCGCACGCGAAUGUUAAAGAUCUGCCACUCAUCGAGGCGAAAUUGAAUUACAUCAAAGCGUGGCAAUCUCUUCCGGAAUAUGGUAUCUCGCUCUUUGUUGUACGAUUCACCGGUAAGAACAAAGACGAGCUGCUGGGCAUCGCAAACAACAGGCUAAUGCGGAUGGAACUCCACAGUGGCGAUCAUCUGAAGACCUGGAGGUAUAACACCAUGAAGGCGUGGAACGUUAACUGGGAGGUGAAGCACAUGAUGGUUCAGUUCGAAGAAGAGAACAUCAUUUUCGAAUGCCAAUCAGCGGACUGCAAGGUCGUUCACGAAUUCAUAGGAGGCUACAUCUUCCUGUCGAUGCGUUCGAAAGAGGCGAAUCAGACGUUGAACGAGGAGAUGUUCCAUAAAUUGACCGGUGGAUGGGCUUAAAUUAGAAUCAAAUAAAUGUACAAAAGCAUAGAUACACGGGACUCUGGAAUGAGAAAAUACAUAAAUGUACAGAACUGAAACGGAUUCUAACAUCUUGUAAAAGAAGUGAUGAUGAAACGCGCUCUGUUGGUUUAUCGACACGCGUUGCGUUGGCGCGUAUGUUUAAGGACCGAUAGCUUUGCAUACCUGCUGCAAUUUGUAAAAAUAAUUAAAUCUGGUCGUAGUACCCGCGUUUUAACGUUGGAGAUUGUAAAUAGAAGAAUACUGUCCCUUUUACAAGCGAGUAAAGGGGUUUUAAUAAUUAUGACUACUUUUAUUCGACAGGAGGCUACUUUAAGAAAGGUAUUUACAGCCUUAUUUAUAAUGUACCAAUCUAUCGACAACCGGUUUUUGAAAUUCAAUUUUUCCGUGUUUUAUAUGUGCAACGAUUUUAUAAACGGACGCCUGGAAGAUUGUAUUUCAUCAAGAUAAAUAACACUUUUCUACAGAACUUUUUCUACCUGCGAGGAAUUUAUCAUUGAAUAAUAUAUCGAUCUUCUUCAAAUAUGCAUCAAGCAUGCUCACAAGUAAAGAUCUGUGGAACAUAUCGCGAUGUGUUAGAUAACACUCUUUAACAAAUUAAAUAACAUUAUAACAAAGGAA